AUGCCUCAGGAUACUCCUGUAACACAUCGUGUGGCAUCCCAACGCACACCGCGUCCCACAGAUGCCCGACGCCGCCGAAGACUUACCACCCAGGUGAAUAGGGAAAAUAUACCCACCAUAGUUACCUCAACACCCAUGGUGAAUCGUCCCCGUAACAGUCCCCUGGUAUUGACUCCUUUGGCGGAUAUUUUAAAUAUUACCCCAGAGGCUGUUUCAAGUCCCUCAGGGGCAACACAACGUAGAAGGGUUAGCCGGCAAAAUGUGGCUCCCCAAAAUCAGCGCAGACAUUCCACCAUGGGUCUGACCCUACCGGCUGGGGAGGUACCAAAAUAUGCCACCACUUUGCCAAAAUUCGAAGAGGAAUAUUCUCCAAAUGCCCUGCUGCCCACGGGCCAGGAACUGGCAAUGCGUGGCAUGAAAGAGGAUCUUUUCCCAGCAAAUCGUCGUUAUUUCAAUCCUGCUCCUGCCACUGGGGAACAAGAAGUUAAGGAAAUUUCCGCAGCAAGACCCAAGAAACGGAAUUUGGAUCUGGAUUUCCUGGCCAUAGCCCAGGAAAUUGAAGAAGAGAAGGAAUCUAAACGGGGAAAUUUGGCGAAAAACACCACCGGCCUGCUGUCCAAUCGCAUGGGUGACCAGACCUUGGAUAAUCUCAUUGAUGCCAUCUUGGACUCGGCCCGCAAGGAGGAGAAGAAAAAGAAAACCAAUUUCACGCUACGCCGGAGGACUCUAAUGAAAAACCAAGUGGAGACGGUGCAAGAUUUCAUUUUAUCUCCCUCAUAUGCGGCAGGAGAUGAUCCUUGCAGUGACAUAAGUUUUAUGGGAGGUAAUACAAAAGCUUUCGCAUAUCCCAAGACACCACAGCCUGGUUCACCAAUUGUUGCAGCGAUUAACACACCAUCACCCGCAACUCCCAACCCUGGCACAACAUUUUCCAGCAAUGAGUUGUUACAAUUUCCCACACCCGAUCAGUACAAACAUCAGGACACCUUUAAUUUGGCCACACCCAUGCCAAAGGCUAAUCUGAAGCGGAAAUCCACCUCCGCAACAGGAGGCUGUCAAACGGAAAGUGCCAAAAAAUACAAGGCCGAUUCGUCGAACUAUUUUGAGGUUGGCCUGGCUUUGACGUGUGUAUAUGUCUAAGAAAGAGAGAGAGAGAGAGAGAGGGAGUGCUGAAACCUAUUGCCAAAAAAUCAAACCAAAUAUCCCAAGCUUGUCCCCUCAAGCUAUGGAAACUGUAGCAUAUUACGCUUAUAGUUUUUAAGUUAAAAAAAUAUUUAAUUAUUUUUAUUUACUUUUAGUUCAUAA